CAGCCAUUAACCACACAGCUCUGCGCAUGCGCGCCGCCCUCCCGCUCUCUGGCUCCGACCCGAGCAGCGCGCAUGCGCACCGCACAUCCGGGUUCCUCACGGCCGGGCCUAGCGCACUGUGGGAAGGAGGCGGCCCUUGUUCCCGGCGGCGGGUGGCGGUGAAUCCUCCCGGCCGCUCACAGCACUGUGGAGCCGCUUUCCCCCCCCAUUACCCCUCCUCCCUCCCUUCCCCCCGGCCUCCUCUUCCUCCCCCCCCUCCCCUUCUCUGCGGCCCGGCGGAUUUAAAGGGGCAGCCCCUCCGAUUUGAGGGAGGGGGGGUGGGCCAUGCCGAACUUCUGCGCGGCCCCUAAUUGUACCCGCAAGAGCACGCAGUCCGACCUGGCUUUCUUCCGCUUCCCAAGGGACCCGGUCAGGUGUCAGAGAUGGGUAGAGAAUUGUCGAAGGGCAGAUUUAGAAGAUAAAACUCCAGAUCAACUCAACAAGCACUACAGGCUGUGCGCUAAACAUUUCGAGACCUCUAUGAUAUGUAGAAGUAGCCCUUACAGAACAGUUUUAAGAGAUAAUGCUGUGCCAACUAUAUUUGAUCUUACAAGUCAUCUGAACAAUCCCCACAGCAGACAUAGAAAACGGAUAAAAGAGCUGAGUGAAGAUGAAAUAAGAACACUGAAGCAGCAAAAGAUUAAUGAAGCUUUUGAACGGGAACAGGCAACUCAAGAACUGAAUGAAAGCAGUGCACAAACCACUGUCUCAGAGGAAGGUGGGGAGCAGCAAGAGGAAAAAUAUGUUCCUUUAACUCUGGAAGAAAGAGAAAACAAGGAUUACCUUAAGUCGUUGUUUGAAAUUUUGAUCCUCAUGGGUAAACAAAAUAUCCCCUUGGAGAGCCAUAAUGCGGAUGAGCUUCCAGAAGGUAUUUAUACUUCAGAUAACUUUCAGGCUCUGCUGGAAUACAGAAUCAAUGCUGGAGAUGAAGUUCUAAGGAAACGGUUUGAGAUGACUGCAGUCAAUCUUGAGUAUUGUUCAAAAACGCAGCAGAAACAAAUGCUUGAGAUCUGUGAGAGCUGCGUUAGAGAAGAAACACUGAGGGAAGUAAGAGACUCGCACUUCUUUUCUAUUGUCACUGAUGAAGUAGUAGACAUAGCAGGAGAGGAACAUUUGCCAGUCUUGGUGAGAUUUGUUGAUGAUUCUCAUAAUCUGAGAGAAGAAUUCAUAGGGUUUUUACCUUACGAGGCUGAUCCUGAAAUAUUAGCUGUCAAGUUUCAUACGACUAUUACUGAAAAGUGGGGUCUGAACAUGGAAUAUUGUCGGGGUCAAGCCUACAUCGUCUCCAGUGGGUUUGCUUCUAAAAUGAAAGUUGUGGCUACAAGACUCUUGGAGAAGUAUCCACAAGCUGUGUAUACGCUGUGUUCCUCUUGUGCCUUAAAUAUAUGGUUGGCAAAGUCGGUUCCCGUUGUUGGAGUUUCCAUGGCCCUAGGAACAAUCGAAGAAGUUCGCUGUCUUUUUAGUCGAUCUCCACAAUUACUGGUGGAACUGGACAAAACAAUUUCUGCUCUUUUUCAGAACAACGAGGAGAAAGGUAACGAGCUGAAGGAGAUCUGCCGUUCUCAGUGGACAGGCAGGCAUGAUACUUUUGAGGUUUUGGUGGAUCUCAUGCAAGCUUUAGUGCUGUGUUUGGACGCGGUAAGCAACGAUUCCUCUGUCAGGUGGAACAACUUUAUUGCUGGUCGAGCAUUUGUACUUUCAAGUGCAUUAACAGAUUUUGACUUCAUCGUCACUAUUGUAAUUCUGAAAAACGUUCUGUCUUUUACGAGAGCUUUUGGGAAAAAUCUGCAGGGACAGACAUCAGAUGUAUUCUUUGCAGCUAGCAGCCUAACAGCAGUAUUGCAUUCUCUGAAUGAAGUGAUGGAGAAUAUUGAAGUUUACCAUGAGUUUUGGUUUGAGGAAGCAACAAAUUUGGCUGCAAAACUGGAUGUACAAAUUAAACUCCCUGGAAAAUAUCGCAGGUCGCAACAGGAUAACUUGGAUGCUGAGUUAACGUCAGAAAAUUACUAUAAGGAAAUUCUUAGCGUCCCCACAGUGGAACAUAUAAUUCAAGAAUUAAAAGAUAUAUUCUCAGAACAACAUUUAAAAGCUCUGAAGUGUUUGUCUUUAGUGCCCUCGGUCAUGGGUCAGCUCAAAUUCAAUACAUCUGAGGAACAUCAUGCUGACAUGUACAAAAAUGACUUACCUAAUCCAGACACGCUUUCUGCUGAGCUUCAUUGUUGGAGAAUCAAGUGGAAGCACAGAGGAAAGGAUAUUGAACUUCCAGCUACUAUUUAUGAAGCACUUCACUUGCCAGACAUAAAGUAUUUCCCUAAUGUAUAUGCACUGCUUAAAGUCUUGUGCAUUCUUCCAGUGAUGAAAGUGGAGAAUGAGAAAUACGAAAUAGGACGAAAGCGCUUAAAGGCAUACCUGAAAAACACCAUGACAGAGCAAAGGUCAAGCAACCUAGCUUUGCUGAACAUAAACAUUGAUAUAAAACAUGACUUAGACUUAAUGGUGGACACAUACAUUAAACUCUAUCCAGGUAAAGUGGAAUUUCAAGCAGACUUUCUUCCCUCAAACAACUCCGAAGUAACAGAAAGUGCUUAAUUAUUUUUUUUAAGCUCUUACCAGUCUGAUUAAACAGCUUUUUGCUAGUUAUCUUGCAAUGGAGGUGGGGGAGGGAGGAAAAAAAAAAACUUGGAAAUGUGAAAUAAAUAAUCACCGCAAUUGUAUUUCCAUUUUUGGUCUCAGAUUUAGGAAGCUGUGGUCAAUAACCCACAUUAUGUUUUGUUAGUCUGUAUUAAAUAUCCUAUGUGAACAAAAACAAGUCUGAAAAUAAGCCCAUGGUCUUUGCAGAGGUGCUUUCUGCAUCUGAUUGACUUAACUGGGUGCUUGCUUGCUGCAUCUUGGAAGAAGUACGUUGUGAUGAUUGUAGAUCUGAUGGGGCUGUUACAAUAUUUGCUCAUGAAAUAGGUUAAGAAAAAGCUGAAAGUGUUAAAAAGGGUAUAAUCCAUUUCUGUUACUGAGAAUUUGACUUCAUGCGUUUUGAAUUUGUCUUUAACUGAUGGCCAUUCAGUUGGCAUUUUGGAGAAUGAAUUCAGCAAUUGCACAGGCCUCAUGCUGUGGACUGUUCUUGGUGUAAAGUGAAUGUUCGUGGUACAAAGAUACGUUUAAGGUUUCACUGGAAGAGUCAACCUGUUUAAUCUCUUGACUGUUUACAUUCCUUUGUGUGAGACACACAACUUCAGGCUUUUAACAAGCAUGGCAGGAGUGCUGAAAUGCCCUAAAGACAGUAAAACCAUUAGGAUUUAUUCCAGAACAACAUAAGUCUGUUUGACAAAAAAACCCCCGUGAAUCUUAUUGUCUGUUUACUUGUGAACUCACCCAGGAAAGAUUAAAAUAAGAGUUCGUUGUUUGUCUAGAAGUAAGAUUGAAAAUAUUGCUGUUAUUUUUGGCGAGAAUAAAACAUUUUUGUACAGUUUAUUGCAAUCUAAAAUAAAAUGUGAAUUGCUUUUUACACAGUAUUGAAUUUAUUAGUAAAGCCUCUUUGAGAAUGUAUAUAAUUUUGUAAA